CCGACAGAAGAACUUGUGCACUUUUUUGUUUUGCAGAAGUUGUUUAAAACACACAGUAAGCAUAUUUACAUUCAUAUUGCAAGUACCACCACCACCAACCUGCAUCCUAUUUUUAGUUUACAAUGACAUUUCAGAUACCACCCUUCAAUUCUGUACUAGGACAAUUUUUCUGAACUCUCUUCUUUAAUUCUUUGUACCCAAUUAAAAGCAUCCAAAGCAAAUAUAUAUUGUAUGCUACUAAAACAUAAACCUAUGUACUAAAAAUGGGGAAGAACAAUGGAGGAAGUUCUUCGUGGCUAAGCGCGGUGAAGAAGGCGUUUAGGUCUCCUAGCAAGGAUAAGCAGAAUAGUGAUAAGAGAAGUUGUAGAAGUGAAGAUCUUGAACAACAAGAACAAGAAAAGAGAAGAGGGAAGAGAAGGUGGCUUUUCGGAAAACCAGCCUUAAACACCAAGGAACAAAAUCAAGGGACAAAAGCUACUAAUAUUAAGUGUCAUGGAACUGAAAAUGGUGGUGUUGGACCACCAAAAUUGGUGGGGGAGGAGGAAAAGAGGAAUGCUAUUGAGGUGGCGAUAGCAACUGCUGCAGCGGCUGAGGCGGCUGUCGCGACAGCUCAGGCGGCAGUUGAGUUUAUCAGGAUGACUAGGCCAUGCAUUUUGGUUAAAGAAAAUCAAGCUGUUGUUGUCAUUCAGAAAGCAUUCAGAGGAUAUCUGGCAAGACGCGCGCUAACUGCACUGAAAGGGCUGGUAAAGCUGCAAGCAUUAGUAAGAGGUCACAAUGUAAGGAAGAGAACAACAUUAGCUCUGACGCGAAUGCAAGCUCUUGUCCGGGUUCAAGCUCGAGUUUGUGAUCAACGUCGAAGACUGUCAGUCUCACGCGAAGGCAGCCUCAGUUCCACUUCUUUCACUGACAAAAUUCCCCUGUCAAAAUAUGAAGAUUGGGAUGAAUUUCAGAGUGUUGAAAGAGAAAUCGAUUCGACUUCCUUGCUUGGAAUCACCCAGGAAGCUGGUUGGAAAUCUGAAAGGGAUCUUGCUUACGCCUUCUCUGACAAGAUAUGGAAAUCCCACAUGGAAGAAUCAGAAAAGUCAGAUGGUGACUUGAACUGGAGGGAAGAAACUCAGUGGGAAAGACCAAGAAGAUAUUCUUGUGACCAAAGAAACCCCAUCAAAGUACUUCAAGCAGACAAUGCAAGUCACAGGUUAAUGUCAAAUUUUCUGAAACUCAGAGAAGAGGAAAGUUCCUACUCAUCUCUCCAAACACCCAUCAAACUGUACCAACCUGGGCUAAAACAUCUACAAGUUCAUUCUGCAAGCCCGCGUUGCCCGAGACAAGAGGCACCACUCUACUCAAAGUCUCAGACACCGCGAUUGAGUUGCUCUUACAGAAACAACACUGCAGUGCCGAGUUACAUGGCAGACACGGCAUCUGCUAAGGCUCGAAUCAGGUCACAUAGUGUGCCUAGAGAAGAAAGACCUUCCACACCCGAAAGAGAGUGGAUAGGAAUUCCAAAAAGGCGGUUGUUUUUUGGUUCUUCGGAAGAGGUAGCUUCGCCAUCUUGCAGAAAUACUCCAAGGAUGCAGAGAUGACUGACAUUGGACUAUGAAAUCUCUAACAGUAAUUCUUAUAGAAGUGUGUUUAAUCUAGUAGAACUCAUUGAAGUUUUAGAAGCAUCAUGUAAUGAUGCAGAAAUCAUGUUUUAUUCUAGAGAUUCAGGAGUUUUUCUGACAUUUUACAGUAAAAUAACAG